AUGCAAAGCUCCUGGAUAUUUCCCAAAAGACUUUUUACUUACUCUGUUGCAUCCAAGUAUGUUGCCGCUCUGGCAAUUCUGCUCGUAGCGUUAGUGGUGAAGUUGAGAUAUACCGCUGGAGCGGGAUUGGUAGGUUUGGUAUUGGUGAAUAUUAUGGGAUUUAAUACUACGCUCUCGGCUGUAAUUAUUCAUUGGACGGCGACGGAAACGAAUUUGGGAGCGGCGGAGAGUAUCAGAUCAAUUGUGUGUGGGACUCCGGAUGAGAGUCGAAAAGAGAUUGUAGAGGUAGAGGUAGAGGUAAAAGUAGAGGUAAAGGUAGAGAUAAAAGCAGAAAUAGAGAUUAGUCUAGUUCGAAUUGAAAAUCUAAAAGCAUCGUAUUCCAAAGAUCAAGAACCAUGCUUACGAAACAUCAAUCUUGAUAUUCCCGCAGGUCAAAAAAUCAAUAUCUGCGGUGCUUCCGGCGCGGAAAAAUAA